AUGGCGUCUUCAAAGCGUGACUUGGAAGAAAAGCGGAAAAUGGAGGAGGCUGUGGCCAAAGUUCGGGAGGUUGUCCACACGGCAAGUAAAAAUGACAUUGUCCUGGCUCUUCAUAUUUAUGAGCUCGAUAUUGAUAAAACCAUCCAAGCGUUCUGUGAUGGUUGGCAUGGUGCCCAAAAUGCUCUUGGAGCUUGGGAGCGUACUGGAGUGGCCAAAAAGAAGAAUCGAAAGAAAAAGAAGGAUGCAACGCUAAAUUCGCAAACAGCUUCUAAUCUACACCCUGUCGCACCUGCUAAGGAGACCGCAAAACCCAAUCGUACUGUGCGUCCUCAGUAUCCCAACAACGAUUUAAGUACACCGACUGAUUCGACUGUGACGUACAAAACAGCGAAAGAUUUUGCAUUCCAACCAGCUGGUAUUGAGCAGGUUUCAUCUGGCGCUGCUUUGGUAAUUGAGCCGACUCAUAAUGUUAAUAUGUACAAAGGAACUGAUUCAGAAGAAGAAACCUGCUCAAUAGCAAUUUCAUGUUUAAAGAACUUUGAGGACGAAGUUAAGGACGUUGAGGUCGCUUUUGAGCAAGGGCUUCUUCUUGCUGAGGAGAGCAUCAAAAAUGUUUUUAAGGGAAUCCGACAGCUAUUGGAGGAUCGUGAGGUUCAUUUAUUGGCUGAAGUUAAUCGCAUUCACGAUGAUGGAGCUCGUAUACUGACUGAACGUCGUGUCAAGGCAAAUGAACUGCUUGAUCGUGCUAAGCGGAUUAAAGCAAUGAGUGAUCGUGAAAAGCAAGGCUUUCGAAGUGAAAUUGCUCAAUUUUCUUUGGAGCGUGGUGAUGAAGCGAAUUUCACGCAUAAAUCACGUUUCGUUUGUGAUAACGCCUCAAUGAUAAAGAUGGUUAAGAAUUUUGGAGAAGUAUUGGGUGUUAAAACUACUGGAUCUGCUGCUCCGCUUGUUGUAACCCAAUUAGCUGCUAGCGAAGCUCAUGCUAAUGAGGUCAAGAUGCCUGUUGGUCGUUCAUCUCGUACCAGUUCGGUUGGAGAAGAUUCUGGUCUAGGGCAGAUAAGUCCUUCUGGAGAAGAACGCAAACACGUAGCAGAAGUGAACGAUGGAGGGAUUUUGAUGAAGUCUGACGCUCUUACUGCUGAUGAACUUGCUGGUCUUAAUGCGACUGUUCGCGAAACUCUUAAAGCUCAAGGUAUUGAUGCAACUCUCUUCUCUGGGCUUACGAUGCCGGUGCGUCGUCGACAAGGUGGUGGUGGGCGUGGAAGACCUCGUGUACCUAAGCCUGCCCCACCUCUGCCUGAUCCGCAGCUCUCUAUAUUCGAGUAA